GGAGCUGGGCAUGAACGCCAGCAUCACAACCAUCAGCACAGCUGGCACCUCCCCCGCUAUUGCCAGCCACCGCCAUGGUACCACCAGACCUACACAUCACAUCCAGAUAGUGACCCAGGCUCCCAGCUGCAUCUAUCCCAGCUCCACUGCAUCAUGGGCAGCCUCUGGCCUGGCCACUGGCCUCUGAUCCUGGUCCACAUGCUUCUGCUGCAAAUCCAGCCCGUUAAGGUGCAGGGAGUUGAUCCCGUGUCCAAGAAACUACGAAGACUCAACGAACAGUUCCAGCAGUUCCAGGCGCUGACCCAGGCCCGUUUGGACAUGUUGGCCCUGAACCAGAACAGAAACUUCUCAGCGGGUCUGGAGAGCCGAGUUCAGGUCCUGAGUGACCACUGGCGCCACAUGUCACAGGACCUCGAACACCUCAAGCAGAGCUCAGCGCAGGAGAUAGAGGGUCUCAGAGAGUGGAGCAGGAAGCUGGAGAAGAAGAGUAAGCGGAUGGAGGGUCGUCUAGCUUUGAUGGAGAGGAACCUGAGGGAGAACCGCCGCCACGCCCAGAAACAGAAGCCUGAUCCUGGUCAGGAUUACGCCAACCUCACCCUGGAGCUCCAGAGCCAAGACGAAAGGCUGGGUGCCCUUCAGGCCCAGCGCGACGAGCUGAUCAUUGGGCUGAAAGGGUUGCAGGAAUCCCUGAAAAACCAGGCGCUGCGUGUGACCCGGCUGGAGGGCCGGCUCAGCGAGGUCCUGCAGCAGAACGGAGGAGGGAACACCGGGGGGUUGUGGAGGGCGGGAGAGCCCCACAACGCCGACGUCACACCUCAGGAAUACCAUGAACCACGUAGGAGAAGCCAGACGCAUCGAGGAAUGAGGCCUGGAAGGAUUCUGGAUACCGAACCCAGAUCAGAAGGUAUCAGCUAUACCCAGACUGAAAGACAAUACCAGGCAACACCGAACCAGCCUAAACAAUCAAAGACCCAGAAGUCAAGACCUCAACCAGAAUCUCAUCCGCAGAUACAAGUCCAGUACUCAAAUCCUGAACCCAUGCCCACAGAUUACAUGCCCCAGCCUGACCUUUACCGUCCCCAGUCACAGAUCCAGGUGCGGGCCCAGACAAAGCCUUACCCGAUCCAGCAGGAGCAGCUCCAGUCUCGCCAGACUGUGCCUUAUCUUCAUGCCCAGGUCCAGCCCCAGUCCCAGGUCCAGCAACGAUCCCAACCUCAGUUAUAUCAUCAGAGACACCCCCAGUCACACAAUCCCAGUCACCCCUCUUGGCUCCAGCCCCUGCCCCGUUCUCCAACCUAUCCUGAACCCACCAAAGACAGACAGAGCGGCACCAGACUUGGAGCUCCACAGCCCCAGGCUUCAGAUGAUCUCCCUCAGCCCCAGUCUGAGUCUUAUCAGACCAGGGUGAGCGGGUGGGAUGAAGGAGAGGAGGAAGAAAGUGACACAAAGGUAGAGUCUUCAGUGAUCCACAACUUCCUGCAGCUUCCUGUAAGGCACAAGAUCCCUGCAAGACCAGUUCCCAAAAAGGAUGCUACCAUCUGUAACGUGGACUCCGUGUUGUUCUUCCCCUCGGCCUCAGCGGACAACUAUGUCACCUUCUUCCAGACUCUCCCCGACCUUCCUGAACUUUCUGUGUGUUUGUGGCUCCGUGUGGACGCCUCACAUGUCGGCACACUGCUCUCUUACGCCACAGACGACAACGACAACCAGUUAGUUUUGUAUGGACGCAACGCAUCCUUCUCUGCUCCUUCCUCAUCUUCCUACGCCUCCUCUCCCUCACCCUCCUUGGACUUUGUCAUCGGAGACCCUGUCUAUCGCCGUCUCCCUGCGUCGUCGCUCCUGGACGCUCGCUGGCACCACCUCUGCGUCCUCUGGUCCUCCAUCCAGGGUCGUUUCUGGCACUACAACGACCGCCGCCUCACCUCCUCGGGCUCCAAUUUCAGGAAGGGCUGGGAGAUUCCCGGAGGCGGAUCAGUGGUGUUGGGGCAGGAGCAGGAUACUGUCGGUGGAGGGUUUGACCCCGCAGAGGGUUUUGCUGGGAGGGUGGCGGGGUUCAGGGUGUGGAGCCGGGUGCUGAGCCCUUCGGAGGUGGAAGGGGUGGCAGCUGGAAGAGGCGUGCCCAGAGGGGUGGUGCUUGGCAUGGAGGACAUAAAGGAGGUACAUGGGGAGGUGCAGCAGGUGGCAUGUGAAUGUUUAGAGCACUGUGUGUGAUAAAGUUACAGAGGAGGAUUCAAAUUAAGAAUUUCAUCCUAAAAACACAUUUUUAAAAGGAAUGUUAAUUUUCUCUUGUUUGCCUAACUCUUAAAAGGCCAAAUAAACUUUUUUUUUCUUUUAGAUAUCAUUUUUUUUAUAUUCAUUGGAUGUACACACAGCAGUAUACUGGACUUAAAGAUAGAUUAACCAAAACUGGGACUGGUCAGCUAUGCAAUAAUAACCUGAGUUUGAACCACCAGUCAAUCAUCAAGUAUCAACACUAGAAAGUAUCUUGGAAUAAUACGAGUGUGCUUGUAAAUGUGAUAUUAAUGUCCAUUACUUUCAUGAAAAAAACAUUCUUGUAGGGUGGGUAUCACCCUGUUUCCAAUACUGGAUAGAAACUCUUCAAAUGGCGGAUUUAAUGUUUUAUUCUGUAUUUGUCACUCAUCUGUAUCGUCCAUUAAACCUCUGAGACCCACUUAAGCUCAGUAUAAGCUCACUUUUGAAACAGAUUCCUUCUGAUUGGUAACAGACAUAAUAGGUUAUAUAAUAAAACAGCAUAUAAUUAUGAUUAUUAUCCGUGACUAAUUUUGUUAAACAUAAUAUAGGUACAGGAUGGAGAUUAGAGGAGGAGAAAAAUACCUUGUUUUUCAAUGAUGCUGCACUUUCUUUCUUACAUGUUUGUGGAUGUCUUUGAACUUUUUUUGUAACUGUAUGACUGUAGAUGGAGAUAUCUGUGGCUCUGUCUUCUUGCAGACAGAAACUUAUAAUGCUUAUUUUUAUAUGAAUAAAUUUGGUAAAAGUCA